AUGGCGUUCGCCUUGGCCAUCCGCGACACGGCCACCUACGCCCGGCAGAUGAUGUUCAGCACCACGCUCCUCAUCGUCUUCUUCACGGUGUGGGUCUUCGGAGGGGGCACCACAGCCAUGCUGUCCUGCCUCAACAUCCGAGUCGGCGUGGACGCAGACCAGGAGAACGUGGGCGUCCCGGAGAGCGAGAGGAGGAGCACGAAGGCAGAGAGCGCCUGGCUCUUCCGCAUCUGGUACAACUUCGACCACAACUAUCUGAAGCCUCUGCUGACACACAGCGGCCCUCCUCUGACGACCACGCUCCCGGGGUGCUGUGGGCCUGUUGCCCGGUGCCUGACGAGUCCGCAGGCGUACGAGAAUCAAGAGCAGCUGAAGGACGACGACUCUGACCUCAUUUUGAACGACGGGGACAUCAGUCUGACCUAUGGGGACUCCACGGUCAACACGGACUCGGUGGCGUCCAGCGGCGCGUCGCGGCGCUUCGCGGGGAACCCCUCCGAGGACGCGCUGGAUCGGGAGCUGGCGUUUGGGGACCAUGAACUCGUAAUCCGGGGCACGCGCCUGGUCCUCCCCAUGGACGAUUCGGAGCCGCCGUCAAACGUCCUGGAGAACACAAGACAUGGUCAAGCAUAAGGUUGCUCGGUUUAAUUGACAGUAACAUUUGCAUAUAUGAUCAAGAAAUAUGUACUACCUAAAGUCUAAUGCAUGUCUCAAAAUGUCUAAGCUGUAUAAAUAUUAUUUAUAUGGUGUCAGAAGAAUAUAAAUAUUCUCUGCCAAGCACUUGUAAAGAACAAGCUGCAAAUUUAAGUUAAAAAC